CGCUCGCCAUUGCCGCUGGUGGCAGGAGGCUGCGAGGAGCCGGCGCGGUCGCAGUCUCCACGGCGCAGGCCCACGGUAGCGCAGCCGCUCUGAGGUGCUAAGGAUCGAACCCAGUGCCUCACACAUGCUAGGCAAGCACUCUGCCAUUGAGCCCCAGCCCCAGCCUCAGCAAUAAUUUCUUUAAAGGCUGAAUAAUAUGUGGUAUGUAUGUACCACAUUUUGUUUCCCAAUCACCCGUUGAUGGACACUUGGGUAGCUUCUACCUUUUGGCUAUUGUGAAUAAUGCUGCUAUGAAUAUGAACAUGGGUAUACAAAUCUCUCUUUGAGACCCUGCUUCCAAUUCUUCUGGUAGAUCUUCAUGGAGGAACACGGAGUGACUCAAACUGAACACAUGGCUACCAUAGAAGCCCAUGCAGUGGCCCAACAAGUACAACAGGUCCACGUGGCUACUUACACUGAACACAGUAUGCUAAGUGCUGAUGAAGACUCCCCUUCUUCUCCUGAGGACACCUCUUAUGAUGAUUCAGAUAUUCUCAACUCAACAGCGGCUGAUGAGGUUACAGCCCAUCUGGCUGCUGCAGCGGUGCUGGGGAUCAAACCCAGGGCUUCACGUAUGCUAGGUCCUGUGGGAAUGGCUGCUGCUGCUGCUGUGGCAACAGGGAAGAAACGGAAACGGCCUCAUGUGUUUGAGUCUAAUCCAUCUAUCCGGAAGAGACAGCAAACACGUUUGCUUCGGGAUGGUCUGAGAAAUCUUUUUGAUAAGUCAACCUUUGAACAGAGACCUGAAGGAACUGAAGGAGCAACCAUGUUGAAGUACAGGGGAAGAGCAUUUCGGGCAGAAGGAAUAUCAAGAUCCAAGGCUCUGAGGAAACUUCGAGCCACAUUAGAUGAAUAUACAACUCGAGUGGGACAGCAAGCUAUUGUCCUUUGUAUCUCACCCUCCAAACCCAACCCCGUUUUUAAAGUGUUUGGUGCAGCACCUUUGGAGAAUGUGGUGCGAAAGUACAAGAGCAUGAUCCUGGAAGACUUGGAGUCUGCUCUGGCAGAACACGCCCCUGCACCACAGGAGGUUAACUCAGAACUGCCGCCUCUCACCAUCGAUGGGAUCCCAGUCUCUGUGGACAAAAUGACCCAGGCCCAGCUUCGGGCAUUUAUCCCAGAGAUGCUCAAGUACUCCACAGGUCGGGGAAAGCCAGGCUGGGGGAAAGAAAGCUGCAAGCCUAUCUGGUGGCCUGAAGAUAUCCCAUGGGCAAAUGUCCGGAGUGACGUCCGCACAGAAGAGCAAAAGCAGAGGGUUUCAUGGACACAAGCACUAAGGACCAUAGUUAAAAACUGUUACAAACAGCAUGGGCGGGAGGAUCUUUUAUAUGCUUUUGAAGAUCAACAAACACAGGCUACUACCACACACAGUAUAGCCCAUCUUGUACCAUCACAGACUGUAGUGCAGACCUUUAGCAACCCUGACGGCACUGUCUCACUCAUCCAGGUUGGUACAGGGGCAACAGUGGCCACAUUGGCUGAUGCUUCAGAACUGCCAACCACAGUCACUGUUGCCCAAGUGAAUUAUUCUGCUGUGGCUGAUGGAGAGGUGGAACAAAAUUGGGCCACAUUGCAGGGAGGAGAAAUGACCAUCCAGACGACGCAAGCAUCAGAGGCAACACAGGCGGUAGCGUCGUUGGCAGAGGCCGCAGUGGCAGCUUCACAGGAAAUGCAACAGGGAGCUACUGUCACCAUGGCACUCAACAGGUGGAGGCAGGGUGAAGCUGCCGCUCAUGCUGUCGCCACCCUGGCUGAAGCCACCUUACAAGGCGGGGGACAGAUCGUCCUGUCUGGGGAAACCGCAGCAGCCGUUGGAGCACUUACUGGAGUCCAAGAUGCUAAUGGCCUGGUCCAGAUCCCUGUGAGUAUGUACCAGACUGUGGUAACCAGCCUCGCCCAGGGCAACGGACCAGUGCAGGUGGCCAUGGCACCUGUAACCACCAGGAUAUCGGACAGCACAGUCACUAUGGACGGCCAGGCUGUGGAGGUGGUGACAUUGGAACAGUGACAUGCAGCCGUAUCAUGGCAUCGUUUUCUAGUCUACUUCAAAAUUUUUUACACGUUUGCAGAGGUGCAAUCAAAUGGAAUUAAGUCUCACGACUUUGGAAGAAAAGUUUUGUUAACCUUUUUUUUUUAAAAGGAAGAAAGGCAGCAGAUUUUGGAAUUGCAUUUUUUUAAAGCACCACUCUUGAUUUUCUGGGAUUGGUGGAGUAAGAAACUGCAUUGUCAAUUUCACUGUCCCAAAAAAGCCAAAUUGUGGCAGGACUUCUUUCUGCGGAAACGUGUGUAUACUUAUGUGUGUGUAUGUGUGAGUGUGAAUAUAUGUAUAUGUGUACAUAUGGACAUACACAUUUACAUAUAUAUAUAAAAUAUAUAUAUACAUACAUAUAUAUGUAUAUAUAUGUAUGAAACCCGCAUGGAAUUAUCUGUAUGAAAUCAAGGUGAGCUGUGGAAACAAUUAUCCACCCAGUUUAGUGGGUGGUAGGGUACGUGGCCAGAUACAGUCACCUGGUUUUUGUUCAUACCAGGGUUAUGCGUUGAGCUACUGACAAACUCAGGCAGAGGUGACCAUGCCCUUCACCAAAGCUGCCUCCCAGUGGCCGCCCAGAACUUCCCUGCUGGACUCACUUGAGGAAGGAGGUUCCAAGAUGCAGUGGGAUCCAGAAAGUACUUGCAAGGUCCAGGGAUCUCACGGUCCGCCAGCUGAGACACUCCUCGGGCUGGCCCAGGUGCUGACCUUGCCACAGGCAGGUGAAUGUCCUGAAGCUCCCACCAGGGACAUAAGGGUUUUCCUCAGCUUCCCAUCUCCUCCAUAUCCCAGGAAUCCUCCUUGAUCUUAUGACCAUUAAAGAGUUGCUUUGGUCUUAAGGUCAGUCCUGAAUUGGUCAUGUAUAUGAACUGAAGGUAACAGAAGUAAUAAGGGUCUGAGGAGUGCGUGCUAAGCGUGCUUAUGGGUGUGCGCGCUAAGCGUGCUUAUGGGUGUGCGCGUGCAUGGUAGGGGAGAGAAUGGGAAGAGGUGGAGGAGCUAGAAGGGAAAGGAGGAAGGGAGAAAGUCUUCAUAGACCAGGGUACACCAAUGGGAGCCAUUUCUUUUCCUCUAGUUGUCAUUUCUCUGCAAUGAAAAGGGACACCUGGCUUAGGAAGGGUGGCCAUCACAAUGGGAUGUGUCAGAAGAGAAAGGGUCUUCAUACCUGGAUCUGGCCCUGCUCUGGGAGUGGUUCUAAGAGGCCCAUUUUCCUAGCUGCAUCCUAGUGGCCCAGGCCCUGUGUGGCCCUCCUGCUCACAAGUGUGGAUUGGUCUGGGUGUUAUUUGUCAGUUAAAUUCUGUCCUUCCCUAGCUGCAAGCCCUGAGUCUCCUGUGGCUACAUUCACCCGACUUUUUGACAGGCCAAAUCCCUGCUCCUUAAGUAUAGGGAUAACUCUUCCUUCCCCCUCCCAUGUCCCCCCAUGUGUGAUAGUGUAUUUAAUGUUUUUUUUUUUUUUUUUUUUAAGCAACAUUAAAAGAUUCUUCAUGUCUUGCUCAGCCUUUGAGAAAAGUUUCAGAUUCUUGUAUUUGCUUGUUUUAUAUAAAACUAUCCAAUGUUCUUUGUAUGUUCUUUUCUGUACGUAAUGGGUGGGAGGGAGGGAAGGGAAAUUUACAUAUGAACGGUCCUAGUUCUAAUUUGUUAUUUUUUUAAUUAUUAUUUUUUAUCAUCAUUGUGAAGCUGUCCAGGGGCUUUAAAGUCCGUGUACCUUUGUGGUGAGAUAACUUCCUAAUAGUUUGAAAAAUUGCCAAGAAGAAAAAAGCAAAAUCCCAGUAGCAGAGCAUGGAUUCUGUGUUGUUUUCCAUUCUGUCUAUACUGCCUCAUUCAAUAAAUAGUUAAAAAUGUG